AUGCUCAUCUGGGCCAUGCCAAGAAUUACGUCUCGACGGACAUCAUUCGUCGCAUCAUGGAGGACUACUUCGGCUGCUGAGGUCCUGCGAGCCCCGGGAAAGCUGCCAGAGUUUUUCGCCAAGACGGACGAUAUUUUACGCCCAUAUCUCGAUGCCUUGCAUGGCGCGGAUGUCGAUUCCAAUAAUCACAAGAUAUACCUCGAGUUGACCCAGACAUUUGAACGACGCUUCUUCGAGGAUAUGAAUGCGCUUAAUGUACUGCCCCCCCGACCAACUGACUCGCGUGACCGAAACGACCGUGUCCUCCAAGCGGAUGGUGAAGGUUCACUAUCCAAGGGAAAGUCAAUGAAGCGGAACGAGAAUGAUUUUGCGCUGUGGAAAGCAAGCAAGCCAGGCGAGCCGGCGUGGCCGAGUCGAUGGGGCCAUGGGCGACCAGGAUGGCAUAUCGAAUGCUCCGCGAUGGCCUCUGAUGCGAUCGGAAAGACGAUAGAUAUCCAUUCCGGAGGCAUCGAUCUUCGUUUCCCUCAUCACGAUAACGAGCUCGCACAAUCGGAAGCUUAUUGGUCCACUCCGGACUGCCAUGUACAGUGGACAAAUUACUUUAUUCACAUAGGGCAGCUGAGAUUUCGCGGCUUGAAGAUGAGCAAGAGCCUCAAGAAUUACACGACUAUUCGAGCUUUUCUCUCCCAAAAAGAGUGGAGUGCACGUUCUCUCCGAAUUUGCUUCCUCCUCGUGCCUUGGCAGGAUGGUAUUGAGGUUACAGACGAGCUUAUGAAGGCCACAUUCGGCUGGGAAGGCAAGCUCAAUAACUUCUUCCUGAAGAGCUUGGACCGUGAGAAACAUCUCAACCCCAAGAAUUCCAGAAUACAAGAGCUUGGCGUUGAAGACCAGCAACUAUUGAGUGCCCUGGAUAAAGCGAAAGGCGAUGUCGACACAGCUCUUUGCGAUUCCUUCAAUACCUCGGCAGUCAUGAGAAUCCUCUCUGAUCUCGUUACUGAGUUUAACUCGGCAGAGGCACUUUCAGACCAGACAGCCAUCUUGCUCGCCCAGUGGGUAACACGCAUUGUCACUAUAUUUGGUCUAGAUCCUGAGGGAGACCUACUCGCUUUAUGUGACCAGCUCCGCGAUGUACACCUUUGGAACCUUGGCAUCUAUCUAGAGGACCGCAACAACUCCCAGCCUGCUUUGGUACGACCUCUUGAUAAAUUGCUGAUAGAGGCGCGAGCAGAGCAAGAAGCAGCUCACGCUGCCAAGGCAAAGGCAAAGCUGGAACAGGAGGCCAGGGAGGCUGAGAGAGACAGAGAGCUGCGCGAGCGCACCAUGGUCGACCCCCUGCUGAUGUUCAAAAUCUCGGAAUACUUGGAAUGGGACAAAAACGGCAUCCCGACCGUCGACGCGGCGGGGAACGUGGUAUCCAAGAAUAAGCUCAAGAAGCUGGUCAGAGAGUGGGAAAAACAGAAAAAGAGGCACGAGGAAUGGCUGGUGAUGCAGCAGACCGCAUAG